AACAGUGUUCUUAGAGGUAGCCACACCUCAGCAAGCUCUUUCUAACUCGGAACAGCAAAGUUCAAAUGAACGAAAAGACACAAACUGUGAAAGAGUCCUGAACCCAUUACAAGGUGAAUCUUUACAGCACAAUUGCCCUCUGAAGCUACUUGAAACAGGGCAUGGGACUUAAAGGAGAAAAAGAAGGAAAUGGACCAUCUCUUCUAACACCUGGAAUGUGAUCCAAGCCUGGAGACAAAUUGAUGGUUUGCGGCUAGAAGACAGUAAAUCUAGCAAUGGAGCCCACAUAUGAGGAAUACCUAGCAAAUCAUGGAACAAUAGUAAAGCCUUAUUACUGGCUAAGCUUCUCUCUAGAUUGCGCUAAUUGUCCUCACCAUAUUCGAACAGGUGAAGAAGUGAGAGUUUCCCUCACAGAAUUUUGUCAGAUUUUUGGAUUCCCUUAUGGGACAACAUAUCCUCAAACAAAACACCUCACAUUUUAUGAAUUAAAAACUUCUUCUGGUAGCCUGGUGCAAAAGGGCCAUGCUAGCAGUUGCACUGGGAAUUAUAUCCAUCCAGAAUCAAUGCUCUUUGAAAUGAAUGGUUACCUUGACUCAGCCAUAUACAAUAAUGACAGCAUCAGGCAUAUCAUUCUGUAUUCCAACAACUCCCCCUGUAAUGAAGCUAACCACUGCUACAUCAGCAAAGUGUACAAUUUCCUGAUUACAUAUCCAGGCAUCACUCUUAGUAUUUAUUUUUCUCAGCUCUAUCAUACCGAGACAGACUUUCCUGCCUCCGCAUGGAACCGCGAAGCUCUCCGGAGCCUGGCCAGCUUAUGGCCGCGGGUUGUUUUGAGUCCAAUAAGUGGAGGGAUUUGGCAUUCUGUCCUCCACAGCUUUGUUAGUGGUGUCUCAGGAUCACAUGUUUUUCAGCCCAUUUUAACUGGGAGAGCACUGACUGACAGGCACAAUGCAUAUGAAAUCAAUGCCAUAACAGGUGUAAAACCUUACUUCACUGAUGUUCUUCUCCAGACAAAAAGAAAUCCGAACACAAAAGCUCAGGUGGCUUUAGAGAGCUACCCCUUAAAUAAUGCCUUUCCUGGACAGUCUUUUCAAAUGACGAGUGGAAUACCUCCAGACCUCAGGGCUCCUGUUGUUUUUGUGCUAUUGCCUCUCAGGGACUUACCACCAAUGCAUAUGGGCCAAGACCCAAAUAAACCCAGGAAUAUCAUAAGGCACUUAAAUAUGCCUCAAAUGUCAUUCCAGGAAACCGAGGACCUUGAAAGGCUUCCCACUAGAAGGUCAGUGGAGACAGCGGAAAUCACAGAACGGUUUGCAAGUAGCAAAGAGGCAGAUGAAAAGAGGAAGAAGAAGAAGAAAGGGAAGAAAUAAAAUCUACCUUCCCACAGCAUGAAACCAAUUACCAGCGGACUUAUUAGAUAGACAACAAAAACCUGGAAACUUUCUCUCUUAGGGCUGAGCCAAGAAGAAGAUAAACUGACCACUAAAAGCAAACCUUGAAUUAUUUACCAUAUGAACUGUUAUAAAGUUACACUCUUUUAAACAUAAUCCAAAAUGUUUCCAUAAGCAACCUGAUCUCUCUCCUUUGAAAGUGGCAGUAUCAAAAUGGAACCAUUAGCAGCUUGCUAAUAUUUUGGUGCAGAAAAGGAAUCUCAUUCUAUUCUACUCACAUCACCUUUUCACUACAAACGCCCAUGGACAAAAUAGCUACCUAAAUUGGUUUCAGUAAAAAACUUUACUGAAAAACUGAAAAACAGCCUGAAGCUACUGACAUUAAGUGCUGUUUGCAAGAGCAAACCAGUGAUUUUCUACUAAUUGUUAAUCAUGGACAGAAGAUUUUAGGUAAUUCACUUUUUUCUAAAGUGAUUCAAAAUAGUUUUAUGUGGGAAAAAGCACUUCUGCUGAUUACGUAUAGCUAUAAAGAUUAAAACCUAGCCACCUGCUCAGUUUGAUCUUCCCCAGCUCAGACCUCUCCCUUCUGAGCAGAUGACAGAGGCAAGAUGAUACAUGAGAACCACCAAUGGCUCCUGUCAUCACAUACCAUAUAAAAUCCAAGUUCCUCUUACUGGCUUUCAAGGAUCCUCCUUUAACUUUCUGUUGCCUUGUGUUAUCAGCAAGAUCAUAAGUACCCACAAGUCAAGCACUGUCUCUCCCUUCUCUUUAACUUUUCCCUUAGGAUCUAGCACAUUAUCCAGCAAAAUGUGGGUAGCAAGGCUGAAAUGACAUCUCAAUAACUUCACCAAUGACUAUGAGUCAACAUCCCUUCUCCACCCUGGCUGAAAGCCUACUUAACCAUCCUGCAACAGAUGUUUUUCUUUUUGUUAGCAUCCAUUCCCCCUUCUAAUGCAGCUCCCAGUGCAUAAUGUGUGUUUUACUUCCCUCCUUUCUGACUCCAUCCUCGUCACGAGUGAAUAUUUGUACCUUCUCCUAAAAUCUUCAAAACACACUUCUAGGAAGUGCUCCUUGACUAAUCCUCUAAGCACUUAAAUGAAAGCACUUUGCUUAUGCUUAUUUCACAUUUGCUGCCAUUUGCCUCUUUGAAAUAUGUAAAGAUACAUUACAAGAAAAAUGUGCAUUUACUUGUAACUUGCUAUUUUUUUCUAUAUAUGUAUAUAAAGCUCCUACUAAGC